AACUCUCAGGGGAGGCCCUGGAUUCCCAUCUGCGCACGUGUACUCUGUUCCUGUGGCCUGUCAUUGCGCUGACUGUGCUGCGCGCGCAUCGCAUCCCUCCUCCGUACUAGUGCGCAGGCACGGCCCCGCCUCCGUUCCUUUGGCGCUCGGGAGGCCGAGUCCGCACGAAGAUGGCGGCUCCACUCCUACCCCUCUCGCAGCAGAUUCCCAGUGGAAACCCAUUAUACGAGUCUUACUACAAGCAGGUGGACCCUGCCUACACAGGGAGAGUUGGGGCAAGCGAGGCUGCACUGUUUCUGAAGAAGUCAGGGCUCUCAGACAUCGUCCUGGGAAAGAUAUGGGACUUGGCAGACCCCGAAGGUAAAGGGUUCUUGGACAAACAGGGUUUCUAUGUUGCACUGAGACUGGUGGCCUGUGCACAGAGUGGGCACGAAGUUACCUUGAGCAACCUGGGCCUCACCAUGCCACCACCAAAAUUCCAUGAUACCAGCAGCCCACUGAUGGCCACACAGUCAUCUGCAGAGGCCCACUGGGCCGUGCGGGUGGAGGAGAAGGCAAAGUUUGAUGGCAUCUUUGAAAGCCUUCUACCAGUCAAUGGACUACUCUCUGGAGACAAGGUCAAGCCGGUCCUCAUGAACUCAAAACUACCUCUGGAUGUGCUGGGCAGGGUCUGGGACCUCAGUGACAUUGACAAGGAUGGACAUUUGGACCGAGAUGAGUUUGCUGUGGCUAUGCACUUGGUAUACCGCGCCCUGGAGAAGGAACCAGUGCCCUCCGUUCUGCCCCCGCCCCUCAUCCCACCCUCCAAGAGGAAGAAGACGGUAUUUGCAGGCGCUGUGCCUGUCUUGCCUGCCAGCCCCCCACCCAAAGACAGCCUCCGCUCCACACCAUCCCAUGGCAGUGUAAGCAGCCUCAACAGCACAGGCAGCCUGUCCCCAAAGCACAGCGUCAAGCAGACUCAGCCACCAGUGGCCUGGGUUGUGCCUGUAGCUGAUAAGAUGCGCUUUGACGAGAUCUUCUUGAAGACAGACCUGGACCUUGAUGGCUAUGUGAGUGGCCAGGAAGUUAAGGAGAUCUUCAUGCACUCAGGCCUCACACAGAACCUUCUAGCACACAUCUGGGCCCUGGCCGAUACAAGACAAACGGGCAAGUUAAGCAAAGAGCAAUUUGCGCUAGCAAUGUAUUUCAUUCAGCAGAAGGUCAGUAAAGGCAUCGACCCUCCUCAAGUCCUCUCGCCUGACAUGGUGCCACCCUCGGAGAGAGGCACUCCCAUUCCAGACAGUUCAAGUGCUCUUGGGUCAGGAGAGUUCACUGGUGUGAAAGAGCUGGAUGACAUCAGCCAGGAGAUCGCACAGCUGCAGAGAGAGAAAUAUUCACUGGAACAAGACAUCAGAGAAAAGGAAGAGGCAAUCAGACAGAAAGCCAGCGAAGUACAGGAAUUACAAAAUGACCUGGACCGAGAAACUAGUAGUCUGCAGGAACUUGAGGCUCAGAAACAGGAUGCUCAGGACCGCCUGGAUGAGAUGGACCAGCAGAAGGCUAAGCUGCGGGACAUGCUGAGUGACGUGCGGCAGAAAUGCCAGGAUGAGACCCAGACGAUCUCAUCAUUGAAAACCCAGAUCCAGUCUCAGGAGUCAGACUUGAAGUCCCAGGAGGAUGACCUGAACCGGGCCAAGUCAGAGCUGAAUCGGCUGCAGCAGGAGGAGACACAGCUGGAGCAGAGCAUCCAGGCUGGGCGCGCGCAGCUGGAGACCAUCCUCAGGUCCCUGAAGUGCACACAGGAUGACAUCAACCAGGCAAGAAGCAAGCUGUCCCAGCUACAGGAAAGCCACCUAGAAGCUCACCGGAGCCUGGAACAGUACGACCAGGUGCCUGAUGGGGUCUCUGGUACCAGCCUGCCUGACCUGGCCACCUUGAAUGAAGGCAUCUUGCUGGCAGAGAGGGGCGGCUUUGGAGCCAUGGAUGAUCCUUUCAAAAACAAAGCCUUGUUGUUUAGCAACAACUCUCAAGAGCUGCAUCCAGACCCCUUCCAGGCAGAGGACCCCUUCAAGUCUGACCCAUUUAAAGGAGCUGAUCCCUUCAAAGGUGACCCUUUCCAGAGUGAUCCCUUCUCAGAGCAGCAGACAGCAGUUACAGACCCAUUUGGAGGGGACCCUUUCAAAGAAAGUGACCCAUUCCAUAGCUCAACCAGUGAUGACUUCUUCAAGAAACAGACAAAGAAUGACCCGUUUACCUCAGACCCCUUCACAAAGAACCCUUCCUUACCUUCAAAGCUCGACCCAUUCGAGUCCAGUGAUCCCUUCUCAUCCUCCAGCAUCUCCUCGAAAGGUUCAGAUCCCUUCGGAACACUAGACCCCUUUGGAAGCAGCUCCUUCAGCAGUGCCGAGGGUUUCGCUGACUUCAGUCAGAUGUCCAAGCUCCCAGGCCCUGUGGGAAGACUUUUAAAAACAGCAGCCUUACAUCCAGCACCUGAGUAGGAAAGAGCCAGUUCCAGAGACUGAGAAGCCUAAUACUGUCAGAACAGCUCCAAGGGGGCCCAAUCUCAGCACCUGGGAGGCAAAGGCAGGUGGAUCUCUGUGAGAUCAAGGCUAGCCUGGUCUACAUAAUGAUUUAGACCAUCCAAGGAUACACAGUGAGACAUUUCCAAAAAAGAAAGAAAGAAAAUAAUAAAGUGAACUUGGAGUGGAAUAUUGCCUGGCGUUGUGGACAGAGCCCGUAUGAGGGGAGCCAGGCUGACACAGUCAAGCCUGUCCCUUUCAAGGUAACAGAUAGUUCGGUGGACUUAAGCCCCCAGGGGAGGUGACAUCUGUCUGGCCUGGGACGUUGCAGCCACCUGGUGAGUCAAGCAAUACUGGGUCCUGUGUGGAUUAGAAAGUAGAACUGCUUAGGCCCUCAUCCUCCUGCCUGUGACUCAGGAGACCUGUCCCAAGAAACAUCCUAAGACCAAGAAACCUCAUCUGUACUGCAGCCUUCUCUGCCGUUAGGCUCCUGGAUUUCAGACCCUGGACUCAGGACCGAGUACACACGGGCUUGAGCGCUUACGCACCGUCAGCUAACGAGUACCUUUUUUUCUUUUUUCUUUUUUUCGGAGCUGGGGACCGAACCCAGGGCCUUGCGCUUGCUAGGCAAGUGCUCUACCACUGAGCUAAAUCCCCAACCCCACGAGUACCUUUUUGUUUUCUUUAUUAAAUUGCAUUUCUUUGGGGGCAGGGUAUCAUGGCACCCAUGUGCCAAGCUUGAGUCAAUAUUUUUUUUCCACCAUGUGAACCCAGGGAUUCAGGUCACUAGGCCUGCUUGCAAGUUUAUUGAGCCAUCUCUCCAGCAUCAAAAGAUACUGAGUGGUACACAUCUCUCAUCCUGCAUCUUGUCUGGAGGCUAGAGUAGCAUGCAUUUGAGGGCAGCCUCAGGUUAUAGCAAGACCCUGUCUCCAAAAAACAAAACAAAACAAAAACAACCACUAACCUGUAGAUGACCCUGUUCUAUCUCUUCCCAGUCCCCAAGGCAGGAGGAGUUGAGAGUCUGUAGACAUAAGCUUCAGAAAGAGGUGGGAUCGCCCACAUGCCUCACGAUACAGAAGUGUCCUCUUAGCCUGUGAGGACCCAUCUUGGGAGCCCUCCCCCAGUGGAUGCCUGACCCUGUGUUCACUGCUCCCUUUGCACUUCUGGAAAAGCAUGACUUGUAAACAAGGAACAGUUGGCAAGUGGAAGAGUCACAGCAUGCUGCAGUAAAAGUUAUUUCAGACUCAGGAACUGUUUUUCUGGAACCUUUUCCUCUUCAUGUUCUCAGCAUGAUGGACCAUGACAUGACAAGGUGGGGCAGCUGUAGUCACUGUGCCAUCUCUGCUGGUCUGUCCGUCACAGUACAGAUGGGGAAGCAAGCAAGGCACAGGCAGUUGGACUGGGAUUUCAGCCCAGGUUGAGUAACCCAGCUCACCUCUGACCACAGGGGCCUGCAGCCUGACCAGGAUGAUCUGGAAACUUCCGUGGACAAGCUUUGAAUUAAGAUUCUGCCAUUUGUGUAUAAAGACUUGAGAGUGUUCUUAGUAGAGUCUCUACUCCUCCCUGCUCUGCAGCCUGACAGCCCGCCAGGCCUUCCUGCAUGAAGCUCCUAGCUCUACAGAAUAAGGAUUUGGGGGCGGGGGAGGGGGGGUCUGGUUAGGUCUGUGAAUCUAGAGGGGUGGGGGUGGGGGCUGGAGAGAUGGCUCAGUGGUUAAGAGCACUGACUGCUCUUCCAGAGGUCCUGAGUUCAAUUCCCAGCAACCACAUGGUGGCUCACAACCAUCUGUAAUGGGACCUGAUGCCCUCUUCUGGUGUGUCUGAAGACAGCCACAAUGUAUUUAUAUAUAAUAAAUAAAUCUGUUUUUAAAAAGA